UUUGGUGUUCCUGAGCUCAGUGCCCCCGAGGGAUUUCAUGUCGCACAGGAGAAAGCCUUGAGAGCCACGGAGGUGCUGGUGGAGCAAGCAUGCAGCACCCCGCCUGGGCCCCAGACUGUGCGCAUCUUCGAUGAGCUCUCGGAUGCCCUGUGCAGAGUGGCUGACCUGGCUGACUUUGUGAAGCUCGCUCACCCUGAGCCAUCGUUCCGGGAGGCCGCAGCAGAGGCGUGCAGGAGCAUCGGCACCAUGGUGGAGAAGUUGAACACCAACGUGGAGUUGCAUCAGAGUUUGCAAAAAUUACUCACUGAUAAAAAGCUUAUGGAAUCCCUUGAUCCGGAAACCAGGCGAGUGGCCGAGCUGUUUAUGUUUGAUUUCGAAAUCAGUGGAAUCCAUCUAGACCAAGAAAAGCGUAGAAGAGCAGUGGACCUUAAUGUUAAAAUCUUGGACUUGAGCAGUGCGUUUCUUAUGGGAACCAACUUUCCCAACAAGAUCAAGAAGCACCUCUUACCAGAGCACAUUCACCAUCACUUUCAGGCUGCCGGGGAUCACGUGGUCGUCGACGGUCUCCAUGCAGAAGCACCGGACGACUUGGUGCGAGAAGCUGCUUACAAAGUAUUUCUUUACCCCAAUGCUGCUCAGCUGAAAUGUUUGGAAGAGCUACUCAGAGACAGAGAUCUUCUGGCGAAGCUCGUAGGGUAUCCCACAUUUUCCCACAGGGCUCUCCAAGGAACAAUAGCUCAAACUCCAGAGACUGUCAUGCAGUUCCUUGAGAAACUCUCUGACAAGCUUUCUGAAAGAACUCUAAAGGAUUUUGAGAUGAUUCGAGGGAUGAAAAUGAAGCUAAAUCCUCAAAAUUCUGAGGUGAUGCCGUGGGACCCGCCCUACUACAGUGGUGUGAUUCGUGCGGAGAGGUUUAACAUCGAGCCCAGCCUGUACAGCCCGUUCUUCUCCCUGGGAGCCUGCAUGGACGGCCUGAAUGUCCUGCUGAACCGACUGCUGGGGAUCUCACUCUACGCAGAGCAGCCCGUGCAGGGAGAGGUGUGGUGUGAGGACGUCCGGAAGCUGGCCGUCGUUCAUGAAUUGGAGGGCUUGCUGGGUUACAUUUACUGUGACUUUUUUCAGCGAGCAGACAAACCACAUCAGGACUGUCACUUCACAAUCCGUGGAGGCCGGCUGAAGGAGGGCGGAGAGUACCAGCUCCCGGUUGUGGUGCUUAUGCUGAGUCUCCCCGCUUCCUCCCGGGGCACCCCAACUUUGCUGACACCCGGGAUGAUGGAAAAUCUCUUCCACGAAAUGGGGCAUGCCCUUCAUUCCAUGCUGGGCCGGACUCGCUACCAGCAUGUCACCGGGACCAGGUGUCCCACUGAUUUUGCCGAGGUGCCCUCUAUCCUGAUGGAGUACUUCGCCAAUGAUUAUCGCGUGGUAAACCAGUUUGCAAGACACUAUCAGACCGGGCAGCCACUGCCCAGGCCCAUGGUGUCUCGUCUCUGUGAGUCGAAGAAGGUCUGCGCCGCAGCUGACAUGCAGCUUCAGGUCUUCUACGCCACACUGGAUCAAAUCUACCACGGGAAGCACCCCCUGAGGAGUUCAACCACAGACAUUCUCAAGGAGACUCAGGAGAAAUUUUAUGGCUUGCCAUAUGUUCCGAACACUGCCUGGCAGCUGCGGUUUAGCCACCUGGUGGGCUAUGGUGCCAAGUACUACUCUUACCUGAUGUCCAGGGCCGUGGCGUCCAUGGUGUGGAAGGAGUGUUUUCUACAGGACCCUUUUAACAGGGCCGCCGGGGAGCGCUACCGCCGGGAGAUGCUGGCCCAUGGCGGGGGAAGGGAACCCAUGCUCAUGGUGGAAGGCAUGCUUCAGAGGUGUCCUUCUGUGGAUGACUUUGUGAGCGCCCUCGUUUCUGACUUGGAUCUGGACUUUGAGACUUUCCUCAUGGAUUCCGAAUGACAGAACAUCCUGCGGCUUUGACACCAAGCCUGACGGCUGGGGAGCCUCGUUUGCUUUCAGUGUUCACUUCUGUAAUAACUUCUGAGAAACUUGAAACUCUGGGAACUUGGAAUAAACAAUUUGUCUUAAU